GUUACAAGAAAGGGCAAUGAAGGAAAGUAAAUACAUGAUACCUGCCAUGAAAUUUGGCCAGCCUAGGACAAGCUGCAGAAAUGGAAACGAAGUUACAAGGACAAGGAGGAAGAUUCGUAGUGAAAUCAUUCUAGAAAGGAGGAGACAAACAAAGUUACAAGAAAGGGCGGAUGACGGAAAAUAAAUACAUAGACAGAACUGCUUGCCAUAUCAUAUAUUACUUGAUAGAUGC